UUAAUAAUUAAUUAAUUAAUUUAGUCAUUAACAAUUCACGAGAUCAAAAUUUUCACAUUCUUUUUGAGUUUAGUCGUUGUUUUGAGAUUCACUUUAUCUUCGAUUGGGAAGAUCUCAGCUCACAGCGCCGGAGAAAUGAUCGUCUGCCUUGCCGUCGUUGGCCACCAGAACAAUCCUUUGUACAUACAGAGCUUUACAGAGGCAGAUGACGCGCUCAAGCUCCAUCACAUAGUUCACUGUUCGCUCGACGUCGUUGAAGAAAGAGCUACACCUGAUAUUAUGGCUGAGUGGGUUUUUUCUUUUGUGUUCAUAUCAGUGAACAACCCGAAAAAAUCGGGCCCGACAAUUAACGAGGCGUUCCUUGGUUUGCUAUAUCCAACUGAAAACUACAAAGUGUAUGGUUAUUUGACCAAUACAAAGGUGAAGUUUAUACUGGUGACAACAGACCUUGACGUCCGAGAUGUAGACGUGAGAAAUAACUCUACAGAACUGGAGAACACAUAUGGGCAUAAUGUGUGUCCUGUCAAUACUUUAGUCAAUAGGUCCUGUUUUGUUGCAUUCAGGAAGUUUCACGCCGCCUAUGUUGAUGCAGUAACGAACCCGUUUCACAUUCCGGAAAUAUUGGCAUUUAGACAAUCGAUUUACUCUGGAAUAGCAAGUGAAUGGUUUACACCAAGAUUUGGAUUCGAUGUUAGUUGCUACACUGUAUCAAACAUUAUCGAGGAAGUUACC